AAUGUCCUAGAUAAAAAAAAAAUUUUUUUUUUUAAUCCUAUUUUACUAUAAAAGGGUUUAAAUUUCAAAAUUUUUUUUUUUGUGUGGGAAAAAUCAAUAUGCCCAAAAAAAAGCAAAAAAGCAGAAAUAAAUUAAGAACGGAGGAAAGAGAAAUAGAACGCAGAGAAAAUUAUUCAAUAUCUGAAAUAGUAGAAAUAGUAUUCGAACUGGAAGACAAAAUCAAAAAUAUGGAUAAUAAAUCAAGAACGGAGGAAAGAAAAAUAGAACGCAAAAAAGAUUAUUCAAUAUCUGAACUAGAAGAAAAAUUAUCCGAACUGAAAGUCAAAGUCAAAAAUAUUGAACAUAAGGGUAGAAGGGGUAAAAAUAAGGAUAGAAAUAAGGGUAAAAAAAGAGCAAAGAAUGAAUUUUCAGAAGAAGACAAAAAAAUCAUUGAUAAUUUAAAUGAAAAAAAAGUCGCCCAUGAUAUACAAACACUCUUAGACCUUCAUAAAAAACUGUAUAGUAAAGAGGGAAAAGAGGUGAAACAAGGAAAGAAUGGCUUUUUCAUUUAUCAGCGACUUGUCAAAAAGGUAGUAAAAGAAUUUAUUGAAAAAAGCGAAAACGAAAAAAAAAUUAGCCUUAAGGAAAAUGUUCUCACUCAUUAUUCUGGAAAACUGUGGAACGAACUCAGUAAUGAAGAUAAGGCUGAGUUUUCCAGUCUUAUGGACAGACCUAAAAAAGGAGAAACAGUGUUUGUCGCCAGGUACAGUGCUCCUGAAUGUAUUGUUAUCAAUAGUGAUAGUGAAGAUGAUGUAAAGCAAAAAACUGGUAAUUUAAAGCCUAUUAUAAAACUCCCCUUCCCUUCGAUUUGUACUCAAAUGCCACCAUACCAAAUAGUUACAAACAAAACUAGUAAAUAUAAAUCUCUUACGGACCAAAAACAAAUAUUAGACAAACAAGUACGAAUCUAAAAAUCCCAAUAAAGAUAGAAAAAAAUUGAUCACAAAAAAAUUCACAAUCCCAAUUAUUUUUUGCUCAAUUAGGAAGUUUCGAUUUAUUUUAGUUCCAUCUGGCAAACCUAUUUCUUGUUUACUUUUUUUUUUAGAAUUUUUUACAUAUAAAUAUGUAAGACAUUUAAUACGAGAUUUUUCUACCAUCCAAAUUUGUUCUUAUUUAUA